UGUUCUCUCUCUUAAAUCAAUUAAUAAUCAGUGGCCUCGUCGUACUCCCUCUCUCUCUCUCUCUCUCUCUCUAUCUCGUCCUCACAUACACAGAGCUCCGCUUCCUCCAUUAAUGGCGCUUUGAACCUCGCACCCAGACGUAUACGAGCGUAUAUAUAUAUAUAUAUAUAUCACAUGCCCCUCGCUCUCUCCUAUGGCGAGUAGCUUCUCGCGGGAGGGACCCCACGUGGCGCAGCAAACCCGGCGCGACAAGCUCCGCUUCGCCCCCGCCCCUCCCCACCACGCCGCCCCCCACUUCGACCCCGCCAUGUUCGCGCUCUCCUUCCCCCUCGGCCUCGGCGACGAAGGGUUCGAGCCCUCCAACGGGCCCCGCAGCAGAUCCGGCGACUUCGUGAGCGGCGUUAACGGCUACGUCGAUUUCGCCCCGUUCCCCUCUUCCCAACCCUACCACGGCGGCGCCCUCCACGAGGUCAUCGCCGCCCCUUCGCCCUCCUCGCUGGGCUCCCAAACCCUAGAAUUGCCCUCCGUGGUCCCGCCGAACCUUCCGGAAGGCUCCGGAACCGACCUGAUGCUUCCGCACCAGUGGAGCGGCGACUACGCCUACGCGGCGGCGCGCGGCCUCUCGCUGACGCUGUCGCCGAGCCCGCUAACGGAGCUCCCCGCGCCACCCCCGCCCCAGUACGAGGACCGGUUAGGGCACGCCAAGUGCUCGAUCGGCGGCGGCGUCGCGUUCCACGGCCUUGCGAACUCCCCCGCGGAGACCCGCCGCGCCGCGGGCCCCCUCGGGCCCUUCACCGGCUACGCCGCGGUGUUGAGGAGCUCCAAAUUCUUGCGCCCCGCGCAGCAGCUCCUCGACGAGAUUUGUAGCGCCGUCACGGGCUUGGGCCUCGCCAAGCCGUGCGGAGGCGGAGACGGCCAAAAUUUAUGCGAUAGAGUCAGCGGCGGCGGCGAUGCUUCGGAUAUGUUGUCUCCUCUGCAUAAUUCAUCCGAGCGAGGUAACGGUGGUGGCGGUAGCGGCACUUGUGCGGUUCAGCACCGCCCCGAAUUCCAGCAGGUGAAGUUGAAGCUCCUGUUCAUGCAAGAGGAGGUAUGCAGAAGAUACAAGCAGUAUCACCAACAAGUGCAGAUGGUGGGCUCUUCCUUUGAAUCUGUUGCUGGUCUAAGUUCUGCCACACCCUAUGCUUCCUUAGCCCUUAAGACCAUCUCUAAGCACUUCCGCUCUUUGAAAAGCGCCAUACUGAAUCAGCUGCAGAACAUCAGCAAAGUUCUGGGCGAGGAGUUCAUGUCAUCGCCAAGCACCAGUAAAGGAGAAAUGUUCUCGUCCUCGAGGUUAAAGCACACUGAGCAGGGUAACCACAAACAGAAGGUGGGCGAGAGGAGUUUAGGCUUUGUAGAACAUAACCAGCCUGUCUGGAGGCCGCAGCGGGGUCUCCCUGAGCGUGCUGUUGCUGUUUUGAGGAAUUGGUUGUUCGAUCAUUUUCUUCAUCCGUAUCCAACCGAUACAGAUAAGCACAUGUUAGCAGCUCAGACUGGUUUGUCUCGGAACCAGGUCUCAAACUGGUUCAUCAAUGCAAGGGUGAGACUUUGGAAGCCAAUGGUGGAGGAGAUCCACAUGCUCGAGACCAAAAGCAUGAGUGGCUGCGCCCUCGACUCUGCUUCUGCUUCUGCUUCUGCUUCUGCCAGCAGGAAUGACUUGAGACCCACCACAUAUAAUAGCGGAGGGCCCCUGAACGAACAAUCAUCAGAAGAAAGCAACAAGCUAUCAGAAAGUGCUUCUGCCGAAGCUCCUUUCAAGGACGGCAACAUGCCGAGUGCAGAGGCGUGGCACCCAGAUAAGCCAUUGAGGAUGCAGGAGUGCGGCAUUCGGGAGAGCACGGAUGGCACUUUAAUGAGCUUCAUGGCGUACCCUAGUGGGAUGGAUAUAGGUGGUUUCGGGGCAGUCUCUUUAACUUUGGGCCUGAGGCACGAGGCAAUUUGGAAGCCGAACGGUGCGUAAGUGAAACCCUGACCAUUAGUGGUAUUACAGAUAGUACUGUGAUAGAAGGGAGACUCUUGAUGUUGGUGGUAUAUGGAAAUUGUAAUACUGGGCCGGGGGGAAGGGAUUUAGGGUUAGUGAUUUGUAUGCGCAGGUGGGUAAUGUGUGGCCUGAAAUGCUCCCAUCUCUUUUAUAAGGAAUAUAUGCUGUAAUUUGCAGAAGGAUUUCAUGGUCUGGCAAGAGUGCAGGCCCCCUUCUCUUUUGGUGGUGCUAAAUGAAUUUGCUGUAAUUUGCAGAA